UCCCACGCCAGGGUCUUCUCUUUCCCAAAAUCCAGAUGAAGAAGUUUCUUUUACUAGUGAGUCUUUAUCUACUUGGAUCUGAGACAGGAGCAUCAGGUCAACCUGAUGAGUUUCCUGGCUCUCUGGAUCAUCAAGCUUUAGUUCAGCAACUGUCAGGUGAGUACUAUUCAUUUGCAAACCCUUCAGACGGUGAUGCUUUAUAUGAGACUUCUUCAGGAGACAACACUUUAAGUGAGCAUGCUUCCGUUGAACACACUUCGAGCGAGCACACUUCAGUCGAUCAUCCUUCUGGUGAGAACUCUGCAGUUGAACACACUCCGGGUGAGCAUGCCGCAGGCGAGCAUGCUUCUAGUGAACAGCUUUCUGGUGAACAGCCUUCUGGUGAACAGCCUUCCGGUGAACAGCCUUCUGGUGAAAAGUCUCUAAAUGAACAGCCUUCUGGUGAAAAGCCUGCAGGCGAACAGCCUGCAGGUGAACAGCCUGCAGGUGAACAACCUGCAAGUGAACAAGUUUCAAAUGAGAAACCUCCAGGUGAACAGGUAUCAGCACCUGAACAGCCGUCAGCAGAACAGCCUUCAGGCAUUCCGCCUUCCAGCACAAAUUCCGGCCCCAUAUUAAACUGCCAUACAUGCUCUUAUAUGAAUGACCAAGGAAAAUGUCUUCGUGGAGAAGGAGUCUGCACCACUCAGAAUUCCCAGCAGUGCAUGUUAAAGAAGAUCUUUGAAGGUGGGAAACUUCAAUUCAUGGUUCAGGGAUGUGAGAACAUGUGCCCAUCUAUGAACCUCUUCUCCCAUGGAACCAGGAUGCAAAUUAUAUGCUGUCGGAAUCAAUCUUUCUGCAACAAGAUCUAGAAGCCUAUGCCCUUGCUUCUUGCUGAUUCAGGCAGCAAAAAUCCUCCAUCACCCUACUGGACUCAAUUUAUAUUUAAUUUCUUCCCCAGUCAACAACUAAUCACAUCUUCCUCUGCCUGAGUGUCAGAUAAGAAGCUCAAAUAGCUUAUAUUUCCUCUCUUAUCUAUGCCUGUUACCCAUUCUUCUCUGCCCUCUGUCUUCCAGAUUCCCUUACCCCAUCUCUCAACAUUUUCUUUUUCAAUAAAUUCUGCAUGAUUAAA